AUGUCUCAACCAACAGCAUUCGGCAAGGUCUACAAGAGCGCCAUCAUUCCAGCUCCUCUCGAAUCAGUGUGGUCUGUUGUCAGAUCUUUCAAUGGCCUUCCAUCGUGGACAGGUAGCGUUAUUGCCAGUGAGAUUGAAAACAAUCAAACCGACAACACUAUCGGCUGCAUUCGAAGAUUGACAGUUGCUGGCAAUGAUAUUCCUUUCCGUGAGACCUUGUUGGCAUUUAAUGAGAGAAGUCAUUCCUACUCGUAUGAUAUUGUGAGCAGUAGCUUGCCAAUCACUGGAUACUUUGCUACUUUGACCUUGAAACCAGUUACGGACGAGGACAAAACAUUUGCUGAGUGGUCGACUGAAUUUUACACACAACCCGAUGAGCUUGAAAAGUGUGUGAAAAUUGUCGAAGGUGUUUUCAGUGGUGGCCUUGGAUCACUCAAAAAGAAGUUUGAAAAAUAA